UUGAGGACCAAGCGUCUCAUAAUCUUGAGCGCAAUUUGGAGAAGUACUGUAGCUAGCUAGCUUUGACUGUGCAGAAUUUUAGGUGAAAACUCUCACAUGUUCUGUCCAGAUACUGCAACCCUUUACCGGGAAAGUGAACAAAUAAAUAUGUGUCUGGAUGAUUAAUAUUUUGAAGGUCCUUAUAUAAGUAGAUAUUCACAAUUUAGUCCUAUUUAUUCUGGUAAAGCAGUCUUUGGAGAAGAACAAGGUGUUGUUUUCGCCAUGGAUAUGGAACGACAGAAACGAAGAGAGGAAAUCCAGAAAGCUAUGGGCUUUAUUCAGUCCUCCUUGCCUUUCCCAGAGCCUGAGAAUUAUGCGGCUUUUUUGACCCAGUUGGUGUGUAACUUGCUGGACGAGGGAAACACAGUGUUUCGUGAUGGGGAAUGGAGGCAGGCAGCGCAGCAUUACAGUGAGGGAGUCAACGUGGCCCGCUAUGCUCAGGCAGAGGCACUGGUCAUUCCCCCUGAGCUUCUGGAGAGCCUCUAUGUCAACAGGGCAGCGGCACACUUUCAGUUUGGGGAGUUUGAGCGGGGCGUACAGGACUGCGAUAGCGCGCUGUGCGUGUGUGAGGGCAGUCGCAGGGCGCUCUACAGGAAAGCUCUAUGUCUGAGAGAGCUGGGCCGACUCAGGGAGGCCUAUGAGUGUGGCACCGGAUGCCUGCUCACUGCCCCACACGACAGGCAGGUGGGUGAACUGGCCCAGGACCUGGCUAAUAAACUGGGCCUGAAGGUCCGUAAGGCCUACAUCAGCUCUCAGGUGGAGUCUUCAACGUCAGGGAGGGAGAGCAAUAGAGAGAAUUCUUCACCCACAGGAGAGACGUCCGCCAACGGGCUAGAAUCUUUGACUGACAUUGCAUCAGCUGAUCUGUCCAGUGCCCAGUGUAUCCCUGCCCCUCUGGCCACGCCCAUCCCUGUCAGCGACGAGCCCUCUAGCCCAGUGGCCACGCCCUGUGCUGACCUAUCAGAGAGCCCCAGUACGGUCCUACCGCCCAUGCCCUACUCCGUUCCUGUGUCGGAGCACAUGGAGGAGUGCAGCGUGAUCGCUGACGAUCUGGACAGCCUGCUGGGGGACUGCAUCUCCAAGAAAGUCAGCGAGUCACAGAGCCCAGUCCAGGGUGCUAUCCCCACCAACCUCCCCAACACAGCUGUGGGCCUGCACCCUCCAUACUCCUCCAGCCUCCCCGCCCCCUCGCCCCAGCUACCCCCUGCCUUCUUCAGCUCCUCUGUCAGCCAGAUGCCCUCCUUGGAGCCUUACCCCUCACUGGGCCAGAGGGAGCAGACCUCCACACAGGCGCUGGACGCCCUGGGGGCCUUCUCCCCGGGGACAGGGGACAUGGAGGGCAAAGGAGGGGUUGGAAUUGGAGGCCUGGACUCACUCUCUGAGUACACUUUGCCUGGGGGAAGAAUCUCUCACAGCUUCAUCCCUGGGAUCUGCAACCACAGCUCCACUCACACGAACGUCCCAGCAGGCACCAACCUCUCCCUGCUCUCCCGGAACCCACUGGCUGCCACCCACGAGUUCAGACAGGCCUGCCAUGCCUGUUACAGCCGCAUAGGUCCACGGGUGAUUGACUACCAGUACCAGCCAGAGGCGGCUCACCGCUGUAAGAGGGACGUGCUACUGUGUCGCUUCAAAAACACAGACGACCCCACAUGGAAGAGAGUCAGGCCUCGCCCCGCUAGAAACAACUUCCUGGGGGCCUUUGUGCUCUGCAAAGAAGUCCAGGAGCGCCAGGAGUGCCAGUACGGGGAGAACUGCACGUUUGCCUACUGCCAGGAGGAAAUAGACGUGUGGACCCAGGAGAGGAAGGGGGCUCUGAGCAGGGAGCUGCUGUUUGACCCGCUGGGAAGCACCGAGAGACGGGCACUCAGCGUCACACGCCUGCUGCAGCUACACAUGGGCAUGUUCAUGUUCCUCUGUGAGGAAUGUUUUGACAGUAAGCCUCGCAUUAUCAGCAAACGCAGCAAAGAGAACUUGGCUGUCUGCUCAAACCUCACCGCCCGACAUCCCUUCGACGAUAACAAGUGCCUAGUGCAUGUGGUGCGUUCGGCCAACGUGCGCUACAGUAAGGUGCGCCCGCUGCACCCCCUCUGCCAGUUUGACGUGUGUCGCCACGAGGUGCGUUACGGCUGCCAGCGCGAGGACAGCUGCUCCUUUGCCCACUCCGUCAUAGAACUCAAGUGCUGGGUACUGCAGCAGGACACAGGUAUCACCCACGAGGAGAUGGUACAGGAGUCCAAGAGGCACUGGUACAGGCUAGAGCAAAAUGCUCAGAGACAGAAGCCUAUGCAUGUCCCACACCAGAGCUGUGGUGGUGGUGGUGGUGGGGUGGGGGGAAUAGGAGGGGGAGAUAAUCUCGGGGGUGGAGGGGUUGGCUCCGGAGGAGGAGGGAGAGGCAGAGGGCUGAACCUGAAGAUGAAGUUUGUCUGUGGCCAGUGUUGGAGGGACGGACAGGUCAACGAACCAGACAAGGCCCUCAAGUACUGCACUGCUAAAGCAAGGCACAGCUGGACUAAGGAGCGUCGGGUAUUGCUUGUGAAAUCCUUUGAGAAGAAGAAGUGGGUCGUUGUGCGGCCGCUUCCCUUCUCCCGUACAUACCCACAGCAGUAUGAUAUGUGUGUCCAUGUGAUGAAGCAGAAGAAGUGCCACUACAUCGGAAAUUGUUCCUUCGCCCACAGUCUGGAGGAGAGGGACGUCUGGACGUACAUGAAGGACAACAGCUUGAGGGACAUGCAGCAGAUGUAUGACAUGUGGCUCACGAUGACCAAUCAGAACAGACGCACUGACAGAAGCCCCAUGACCCCGCCUCCGGAGGAGAAACAGGUUUCGAUGACGACCGAUUACACAGAGUCAUUGUCUGGGCAGCGGUUGUCGGAAGGAGGAGAUAUGUGAGUGUUGUUGUGCUGAGGAGGAGCUGGCCCUGGAGACGUGGAAAGGAGACCCCGCUCCCACUACACCAGAGACCAGCUACAGUACCUACCGCCUGUGACAUCAGUCUGAAUGCAAACACACAUACACACAACACACCUUACAGUACAACAAAUUGCUGUUGCAACAGGCACCAACUCGUGUGACGCACACACACAGAAAGUCGUAUAUAAGAACAUUCACGCCCAUAAUCUGAAUGGUUUGGCAGUUAAUUUCAAUCUGAACCUCAGUGUAUCUCUAACACGCUGCAGAUGUCAAUGUACUUUAUAUGUGUCCAUUAUAUUACCAUUGAAGGCACAUUUUGAAUUGUCAGCAAAGAGAAAAGGCCCCAAAGUCGCCCCUUCUAACGAAUACGGAGUGGCUGUGUGGCCGAUACUUCUUCCUGGUGACUAAACAACUGAACAAAUUAGCCUGCAUAAUAUAUAUUUAAUAUUUUUAUUUUUUUGAGGUUUGUUCAAAUCGCCAUAGUUUUUAUUUUAUUUCAGCUGUUCAUAAAUAUGAGGCAGAGACGUAGCAAAUGUGCAGAACGUGAUUUGGUUGUUUAGCUCUGGGAAUGAGGCGCCCAGGGGGGCAGUACAUGGGCAGAACGGGGUGGUUGGAUUCGGCCGUGCAGCCUCAACCUUAAAAAUAAGCCCCUUAUCUAUGUGGCUAGGGGCAAACGUCUACAACCAAAUCCUACCCUCCUUCCCUUGUGGGAACGUAGAAAGAGGGAGAGAGAAAUCGGACAGAAAUGGUUAGUACGCCAUUUUGAUUGUCCAUGGGAGUUGGUGCUUCACUCUAUUCGUCUGCCAUAUUGGUAGAGUACUAUGAAUGUAAAGCCAGUCGUUUUGAGGAAGUCAUAAAAAUAAUUAUGGUUGUGGAAUGUAUUCGGAAUACCCAAGACAAAUCUUAUAUAACAUUUAAAAUGACCCCCUAUCCCCCCUUUUUAUUAAUAGAAAUGGCACAGUAGUCUUGGUUAUAUACUGUAAGCAAGCUAGGCAGCCGUACCUGUGGCCAGCAACGACACGUAUACACAUUCACAUACACGCUGUAUACACUGAGUAGGCUCAGAAUGGAACAGUUUCAUAAUAUUGCAUUGGAGGGCUAUAUGGAGUGACUGCAGACUCUUCACUCGGACCCACUCAAACAACAUACUGUACCGUAUGCUUAAAACCUGGAGUUUUCAUGGACUACAUGAACAAGUCUGCGUCCUCCUAGUUAUAGCCACUCUAUAACAAGACUCCAGAUGUUAUCCGGGUGUGACGUGGCUUCAUCUGGCAUGUCUACCACCAGUUCAACUAGGAUCAAGUGAGGUUACCUUUGCCCUGUUAGCCCUCCAAUGUAAACCUAUGCUGAUUUAGCCAGGGAGAAAAGAUAAGCUCCAAAUCACAAAGACUGAGUACAGGAACAAUACAUGGGGUUAAGAUGCAUAUGACAGAACAUUAGGGAUUCCAAUAAGGGAUUCCACAAGAAAGGGGAGGGAUCGUAGGAUAGUACAGCAGGAUGGAGCUUGAAUGGAUCCUGGAGUAUGGUGGCUUGGUCACAGGGGUGGUCAGGUGGGCGGGUUAGGGGAUGGAAACUGGACAGGUAGCUGGAUCCUGGGCUGGGUGGGCACUGGACAGGUAGCUGGAUCCUGGGGUGGGUGGGCACUGAACAGGUAGCUGGAUCCUGGGGUGGGUGGGAACUGGACAGGUAGCUGGAUCCUGGGGUGGGUGGGCACUGGACAGGUAGUUGGAUCCUGGGGUGGGUGGCUGACAGGCUUGGGUAUUGUGAGAGAGGGAGGGCGUUAUGGAAGCAAUGAUGAAUACAUAAAAAGUUAAUUAAAAGUAAAAUGACUACCCAUAAUGUAGGCUAAAGAAGACUGACUAUCCAUAAUGUAGGCUGACUACCCAUAAUGUUGGCUAGUGAGACUGAUGUGUGUGUGUGUGUGUAUAUACACACACACACUAACAUUAAUUCACAAAAUAUAUCUAGGCAGGGACAGGUUUUUCCCAUAUGGCCAGCAUCUCGUUCCCUUAUACCCGCACCAGACAUGAUGUAAUGGAGGUAUGUCUCUAUUCAUAUACAUUAUAUAUACAUCUUUACAGAUAUUGGUAUACUACUAAAGAUAAUUGAUAACUUAGCAGUUAAGCUUAAUUAAAUAUAACCUMAAACUUGUAUUGAUUACAUAGAACCUCUUGUUAUUGAGCUAUGCUAUAUGACAUGUAUCGCUGAACUAGAUGACUAGUGAUUUUAUUGCUUCUGUGAGGGUCAUUCCAGAGAUGUCUGUAGGAGCAAGGUUGACCGAUUCUCAUAACAGGAUUUGAAUUGAAUGGUUUCAGCUAAGCCAAAAGAAAGGGGAUUGGUUGGGUUAAAUGUCAACAUGAGGGACAUGAUCAUCUCAGAACCCAGACAGCGUAUGGUGUGUACUUGCCAUCUGAUGAGAGAUUUGAUCAUGUGGAAGUAAUGGGUCUGGUAGGGAAAGUGUUACUCAAUUGGAAACAGUUUUUGAUCUGAUCAGUUUUUUCUCUUGGUCAGUAAACAAUAGGAUGCCAAGGUACUCCCUUCUAUAAACAUCAGUGAUUUAACAGAUUCACCUUGAUAGUAGAGUAGGUCAAUAAACUGUCCAAUCAGUUUUAGAGGAGUAACAAGGUGGGAGAGGCUUCUUCUGGAAUGACCCAGGUAUUUGCUUAACUGAGGGAACGUAUUACUACUGCUACUACUACUAUUAUGAUGAUGAUGAAUUAUGAUGACGAUAAUGAUUGCCAUUAUGACUAUUUCUAUUCUCCUAUAUGCUAUUGAUAUACGUAUAUAUGUUAAUUGCUAUGUAUAACUCUCUUUAUAAAUGUAUCCAUGUAUGAAUAUAAUACUUUACUGUAAACAGACGUAUGUGUAUGUUAAACAGGACUGUCCAGCAGGCAGGCCAGACAGGGAAGAGUUCAUAGUUUACCUUGCUCAAACUGGUACGAAGAACAACUCGGUUCAGUUUUAACAUACUUGCUGACUGUGACCUCACUCUCCGUUAGCUGGUUACRUAACAGGAACACAAGCUAACAUAGCAUAAGUGUCCAUAGUUCACAGGGCACCCUAGAUGACAGCAGACAGGUUACUGGACCAGGUUGUUGCUGAACAUCUGAUUUGAUAUAGUCUUGGUUGCUUGAGGUUAGUGGAUUGUAGGGGAGUUGAGCUUGUAUGGAAGAUAAGUUUGGUCAGUCAGUCCAAUGGAAUGUGCUAGUGACACUUUGAAUUUCCGAUAGCCAUGUAAAUCGCUAAUGAUUGUUUUCCUGACUGCUAUCGAGUGAGAUUAUAUAAUCAAUAAUACUUUAGUAUCAUUUAUUUAGUCAUUAACCCUGCUGGAACAACUCCAAGCAUACAUUGACGUCUGUAUACAUCAGUAUAGCACCUUAUUCAAUAUAUACCUAUAUAAAAGUAUACAUACCCCUAUCAUAUAAUCCUACUUUCUAUGAUACAUAUAACUMUAAUUAUACUUAGACACCUGUAUAAUUAAUUUAGAUAAGCGGUUCUGGUUUUCCCUGGUURUUUGAAAAGGUCAUAGUCUGAUUUCAUUGGUUACGUGCACAGUGCACACCGUACUACAUAAGUCCUUGUAUCUGCUCUGUUGCUAGGUUUGAGGGGCCUCCUUUGUCAUCAUCACAGUGUGCUGUUCCAAACAAAGGGGUCAGAGACAGGCCGGCAUUUUAGAAGUGUUCAAUCAACAGCCGUUGUUGUUUUAACUGACUCAUGGUUGUAAACAAACAGUUAUAUCAGAAGGGUCAAUAAUAAUCUCAGGCCUUGUGCUUAGAGGGGACUGGAGGAACUGAAARGUGGUCAGACCAGACUAUCCAAACCCACCAGAGAGAACUGCAUUCGAUCAUGAGAUUGACUGAUUCGUCUUGGUUUAAGAAGAGGCUUUGACCCCAAAAAGCGUAUAGUCAGAUGUUUAUUUCUCCUGUUGUCUUUCCAAGUAGAAGGUUGAAGACAUUCUUGUAAACCUUGGUUCACUCCAUGUUCAUUAUUGCCACACACAGGCAUUCCCUGUAUUAACAAAAAGAGAAAUACACUUAGGUGAAUUGACACUCACCCAGCCACACCCACCCAUAGCCACAAUGAGCUGAUAUUAAUUUACAUUAGCUUUCAGAGUUAUUAUUGGAUUAUUUUCAACUAUUUGGAAUAGGAACCAGAGUUUUAAGUGAAAAACAAGGCCUCUAUUUGUGUUAACUCUGUUUUGUCUUUCUCAUUUUUUCCCUCCCUGGUUGGAAGUGAAUUACGAUGACAAAUGGACCAAAUCUCUUGAAGGUGUUUAACAAUAAACAGAGUGUUUUAGA